AUGGAUGAUAUCCCCAACGGUGGACUGGUCGCUUGGCUGCAAGUUUUGGGUGCGUUCUUCCUCUGGUUCAACACUUGGGGACUCGUCAAUGCCUUUGGAUCUUUCGGUACUUACUACGCACUUGGUCCUCUGCACGAGUAUUCACCAUCGACCAUUGCAUGGAUCGGCUCUAUUCAGGCUUACUUGAUGUUGCUCGCCGGUGCCUUGACCGGACCUCUAUUUGAUGCAGGUUACUUCCGUAUGCUCCUCAUCACGGGCUCAUCACUUAUCGUGCUUGGUAUGGCAAUGACGAGUGUGUCCACCAAGCUAUGGCAAAUCAUGCUUUCGCAAGCCUUUGCCGUUGGUUUGGGCCAAGGAUGUCUUUUCUCUCCUUCGCUUGCCAUUCUCUCGACAUACUUCUCAGAGAAGAAGUUCUUCAUUGCCAUGGGGUUGGCUGCUGCUGGUAGCGGUCUUGGCGGCACCAUUUACCCUAUCGUUUUUCAUACUCUCCAGCCAAAGAUUGGAUUCGCUGCCGCCACUCGUGUGAUUGCGUACAUAGCAUUGGGCACCCUUUUGGUCUCGAAUGCUGUACUCCGUGUUCGAUCACUGCCAUCCCAACGCCGUAAGAUCUUUGACAUGGAUGCAUGGAAGGAGCCCGCAUUCACUGUCUAUGUGAUCGGAUCCAUGAUCGCCUUCCUCGGAACCUGGACGCCGUUCGUGUACAUUGAAGUGUAUGCCAUCGAGUACGGCAUCACAUCCAAGGAACUCGCCUUUUACCUCCUUCCGAUCAUCACUGCAGGCUCCAUCUUCGGUAGAGUUGGACCCAAUCUCGUCGCCGCCAGGAUCGGUCUGUUCAAUGUCGUCAUUCCUUGCGUACUUACCACCGGCGCUCUGGCCUUUUGCUUCAUUCCUGCAAAGACUCAAUCAUCACUGAUUGCUGUGUCUUGUCUGUACGGUUUCUUUUCUGGCUCCAUUGUGUCCAUUAUCCCUGCACUCGGUGUCUCGAUAUCACCGAGCAGGGCGGUCAUUGGAACACGCAUUGGCAUGGCUUGUGCGACUAUUGGCCUGGGUAUGCUUGCUGGCACUCCGAUCUCUGGCGAGAUUUUGAAGAGACAUGGCUUUGCUGCCACUUGGGCAUUCUCGGGCUCGGCUGCGAUUGUGGGGGCAUGCUUUUUGGUUGUCUCGAGGUUGCUUCAUGGUGGACUGGUGCUUGGGAAGAAGAUCUGA